CUCCACGCUUUAGGCACUGAGAGUGGAGAUCUCUGACCGUGUUCGGCCCAUAGCCUCGCUGAUGGAGUUGCUGACGGCUGUGCUGAUUCUGAGUGCUCCAAAUGCUGUGGCUACAGCCUGCUGCUUCUCUCGGAGCCAGGGCGGGGACCGCAGGAAGAGCCUUGUUCAAGAGCCAGAAGCCCAUCCUGUCCACUGCUGCUCCCUCCUGCAAGCAGGGCUGCAGGCCCCCAGAGACCGUUGGGGAGCAGCUGCAGAGGGAAGGAAGACGGCUGGGAGCUGCGUUUUACAAGGAGCUCGCAGCUGCUGUCUCAUGACUGGCUCUGUCUCCUGGAAGGUGGCUCUGCUCUGAAGCCAUAAAGAAGAGGGGCAGAGAGAAGCAGCAGCAGUGCAGGGAGCUCCAGCUGCUGGGAGCCGAGGCAGAGAGGGGGCAGCUGUACCCCCUGCCCCACGCUGAGCCAGGGAAAAUGAGCUGCCCGUCCACGCAGAGCGGGGAGCAGAUCGAGCCACUCAGAUACCUCAGACGGUGAGCUCUCUAGGACAGAGACUGCUGCUCGCUGUCUGUGCAGCGCCUGGCAUAGCAGGGCCCUGAUCUCAGCUGGGGAGACUGUAAUACAAAUACUAGAUAGCAGCCUAGGCUGAUGGCACAUAGGGCCUUCCCGGCAGUCUCCAACCACCUGCUCCAUCAGUAUUGUCAUCAGUCUGCUCCAUCAGCUGCUAACUGGUGUUUCCGAAGAAUGCAGCUUCCACCCAUAAUGCUGCAUCUCUGCCUGCGCAGACAUGCGGCCAGCGAGGGUACGAACUUCACCGCACAUCCCCUCACCAGCUGUUAGCUGCCUCACAUGGAUUCCAGCCGCUUGGAGGCAGAAGCCAUCGAGAAGGAGCUGUUGGAAGAUUACAAAUUUGGUCGGCAGCAGCUGAUUGAGAUCUGGGGACACGCCAGCGCCAUGGCUGUGACCAAGGUGUUCCCUCUGCCAUCCCUCCCAAGGAAGCAGCCCACGGUGCUUGUGGUGUGUGGGCCCCAUCAGAACGGUGCCAUCGGCUUGGUGUGCGCACGGCAUUUGCGGGUGUUUGAAUACGAGCCGACCAUCUUUUACCCCAAGCGGUCCCCGAAUUCCCUCUAUCGGGAUUUCACCACCCAGUGCGAAAAGAUGGACAUCCCCUUCCUCUCGUACCUGCCAACGGAGGUCCAGCUGAUCAACGACGCCUACAACGUGGUGAUCGAUGCCAUCCUGGGAGUCGACGCCGAGCCGGGGGAGGUGAAGGAGCCGUACACCAGCAUCUUAGCCACCCUGAAACAGAUCCAGAUCCCCAUCGUCAGCCUGGAUGUGCCCUCAGGGUGGGACGUGGAGACGGGAAACAGCGAGGGAAUCAGCCCCGAUGUCCUCGUCUCCUUGGCCGCGCCCAAGCAGUGCGCCACCCGCUUCCUGGGCAGGCAUCACUUCCUCGCCGGCCGCUUCCUGCCCUAUGACGUGCAGAAGAAAUUUGAGCUCAACCUGCCCGAAUACCCAGGCACAGAGUGUGUGGUUUCGCUUUAAGGCUCUGGAGGGGUGGGGAUGGAGAGGGGAGUUGGAGGGGGAGGAGAGGAAAAGCCACCCAGCUCCACCAUAAUAAAAAGGCUUCAAAGCGUUUUGUAUUUUUUUGAGCAGCCAGGUGACUCCUUGCUGGGAUGCUGCAUCCUGGCAGCAGGGCCUGGCUUCCCAGCCAGAGGCCAUGCAGCUCCCAGGGAGGGCAUCUGCUGGCAGGAGGUCCUUGGGCAUCUCAGGCCACCGUGACCAAGCCUUCAUGUUGAUCAUUUAAACUCGAGGCAGGCCUAGGGGAUCAAAGGCAGCGCUGAACCGAACCCCUCCCCUCCCGUGGGUCCCACGCCCCCGGUGGCUCAGCCCAGGGCGCAGGGUUGAAUUGUGAAGUCAUAGAAGCCACUGUGUCGUUUUGUGGCAGGGUGAGGAAGAGGGGUGGCUUGUUCCUGGGCUGCAAGGAGCUCAGAUACAUGGGCACCCAUGUAAGCACCUUGCUGGAUAGGCCCCUCCAAGGCGAAUUGCUCCCCAAAGGCAGGUGGAGGACGUAUGGCAGGAGGAAACGUACGCUCGGCCCCUGGCAGGACGGGCCCAUCUGACCUCACCGGCCGUUUCCAUCACUCCCUGCCAUGAUCCACGCGUUGGGAUUUAUCAAUGCCCUUUUCACAGGAAUCCUUUGUAAACAGGAGCCUACUCUGCAGCCAGCCAGUUGGCAGGUCACUGCUGCCACCGGCCGUGGAAAGAGCAGAGAGAGGCAAAGCCGCUGGCACGGGAGGAAGGAUCAGGGAGCGAUUUCCUCCAGCAGCAGUUAGUCCGGCUCUUGCCCUGCGGGCCUCGGUCGCUGGCCCUUGUGGCGGUUGAGGAGCCUGGCAGGAUCUGUCUGCAUGUGGACAGGGAAGGAAAUGACCUCCCUCUGCACUUGCUGUUCCCUGGCUGUAACUGCCCAGCGGCCCCUCAGCCAGAGAACAGGGCUCUCCUUGGGUCGCUGGCUGCUGUGUUGUGGACAGGGGGCCUAGAAGAUUUCUGUGCUGCUCUCCCCACACUGCCAAGAGCUCGGGGUCAAUGAGUCACCCACCCGCGAGGCCUUGGAGCCAGUGGAAUGGCUGGGGCAGCCAUCGCUCAAGGGGUCACCACUGAGGAAAGCGGAGCUGAGGCCGUGGGUUCAUGGGGUGCUCAGCUCUGCCCUGCUUGGCAGGUGUCCUCCAGCACUGGCUGAGUGCAGUGGUGGGCGGUCCAGCACGUCACCAGCAGAAGAUUCCUCUAGAGGGAACAGGGACCUAGGCUAGGACCAUGGCCACCCGGCUAACUACCGCAGACAACACUGACUUGGGUGGCUCCUCAGUGAAUCCUGUUCCUAGCCCGGAUGCUUUGCCAUGCGGGAAGAAACCUGCAUUUUUCUGCAGAUCAGUGAAAUCUCCAGGGGCAAUAUGCCAAUCCUCCCCACCCUCCCUACAUCAUCGUCCACUUGUUCUGAGAAAAAGCUCUUUGUAGCCUCUCUGUUUGCAGCAGCUCCCGGUUUCCAGGGACAGCUAAAUGAAAAAGCGGCACUUAGGUGGCAAGGUUCCCCUUCCCUGUGCAGACUGCCCCGGGCACUGGCCUGGCGAGUGUGUUCUCUGAAGUAGGAAGCAGAGUAGAGGUGGGUGAACCCAAUUUUAUUACCAGUGCUGAGUACCUGUGCGCAGCCCUGCCGCCCUCCCGGUGCAGUUAGUGAGACCCAGCGAGAGAGGAGGACCUGCUGCUGUUUGCACAGCGAACGCUGCAUCCCAGCUCAGCUUGUUCUGCUGAUGUUCGUACGUUUCUUCGUCGGGGGCUGGAUUGUGGACGACGCUGUUGCCUGGCUAAUGGGCCUUGUUGCUGAGUGAGUCCCCAGCUCGGUGGUGGGGCACCCCCACAGCUUACUGCACGGUCCAGGGGGCUGCACAGCCUCCCCAAAUCCAGCCUGACGCUUCCUUGUGCCAGCAGAUAGCAGCAGCAGGACCUGCCCCCAUAGCAUUUAAGGUGGGGCCUGGGGUGAGUGACACAUGGCCUGAUUCUGCACUAGGGCAGCUAAGGCGAGUUUUGUCCUUGACCUCAAUGGAAGCAAGAUGAAGCCCAGAGCCUCCCUACAGCUUCGUUCUCCCCGGGCACACGAGGCAAGCGACUUGCUUCAGUGGCACCACCAGGCCACAGCUCUGGCCUGGUUAUGCCCCUUCUUCCCCCAGCCCAGGAUGCUUUGGCCUCUCCGCCCCGUGGACUCGCGUUUUUCUGACCGAGGUCC